AUGGAAACACCCAAGGCGAACGGUUCUGCGAUGGUAGACUUGGGAAAAGAGCUGACUUGCUCGAUAUGCACCGAGAUCCUCUACCAGCCACUGACCUUACUCGAUUGUCUACAUACAUUUUGCGGAUCGUGUUUGAAAAGCUGGUUCUCAUGGCAAGCGUCGAAUCCGGUAGAUGGUGGCAGGCCGCAAUUUACAUGUCCGUCAUGUCGGGCGUCUGUCCGAGAUACAAGGCACGAUGCGAAAGUGGCCACCUUACUCGACCUCUUCCUACAGUCGAACCCGGAUCAAGCCAAAUCGGCCGAGGAGAAGGAGGAAAUUGCGUCGGAAUACAAACAUGGGGAUUCUGUGCUGCCUGAAGUCGGGCCAGUUGUGCGGUCUGCAAGUGAUGAUGAGGACGAGAGGAUUCUAGCCGAGGUCAGAGACAUGAGUCUGCGGGAGGUUCAGGGCAGCGGUGGCAGCAGCAGGCGUCGCCAACGUAGCCCGUUGGCACCACACUCAAGAGGAAGAUCGGAGCGCAGUCCGGGUGCGCAGGCGAGGGAACAGCGGGUGGAAGAUGCCAGGCGGAGACGGCGGGCGGAAAGGCGAAUGAAUGCUUCACCAGCCAUGCGCAACCCUCGAGACAUGAGUCCAGAUUCAAGGAGAGUUGAGCACCAGUCUAGCUUACGAUCUCUUAUCGGCUCAACGGGCGAGUCGGGCAUAGAGGACGAGAUAUUGCGUCAAAUCGCAGAAGAAGGGCUGCUGGACGGCAUAGACUUACAUAGCCUAACGCCCACGCAAGAAGACGAGUUGACAGAGCGUAUUGCGCAGGCCUUUAGACGGCGACAUCGAGUCCCUUCUCCGCCUCGCAGCAUAAGGCAACGAGAAAGCGAGUCUCCAGCCCAACAAAGGCCGGUAUCACAGGAUAGACAGCAACAACCACAGCAGCAGCAGCAGGAGCGGUCACUCAGUGCUUCAGGAUCUACGCCUCGGGCUCGAGAGCCUACUAGACGGGCGCCGCCGACUUCUCGGCCCCGUCUUCUCGAGCCUGCUACCGCCAAUCGUGGUGCGAACCAUCGCCGAAGCGCCUCUGAUCAAGGCACAGGCACUCGACGACGGCGCACAUCACCAACUCCACCCACAGGCUUCUCACUCUCUUCCGAGGCACUGGCCCAACCCGCGGUCUCCACAACUGGCAGUGGCUCUACUACAGGUUCUAGCACCAGGACUGGCGCCGGAAGUGUUCCUGGCCCUGGAGCUACUGGGACGGGGCCGUCCCGCAGACGAGCCUCAAAUAGCUCCCUUCCGCCGACCUCGCUACGGCAUCAGACAAUUCCACCACUUCAGGUCAGCCGUCCAAGACGUCCUUCGUCUCCUGGAGAGAGACAGCGUCGGCCUAGCCCUGCCGCAGUCAAUCUAAACAGAGGAAACACUGCCUCUGAGCCUGCUGCUCCCGCUACGCAGUCGCCGUCCGCCGUUGGUGGAAUUCCUGCACUCCGUACCUCAAAUAGGCCUCAAGCUUCACAGUCACAGCCAAGUACUCCGGCCACUACUACAGGUACUGCUAAUACACCAGCAACUGUUUCUCCACCACCAGGGCCAACCAGGCGGGUAUCAAACCCUGUUACUCUACCAUCUACACUACCUCCUGCUCAGCCUCAGAUGCCCCCUGAGCCCUCAAUAUCAUGUGAACGAUGCGGGAAGAGCAAUAUACAGUACGAACUGCACAAAGUCUGUAAGCUUUGCAAGCCUGGCAAUUACUGCCUCUGUGUCCGCUGCUAUCGUCUCGGCCGCGGGUGUCUACACUGGUUCGGUUUCGGUCACGCAGCGCAAUACUUCUUUGAGAAGAAGAUGGCAUCUUUGAACAAGCCGUUGAGCGAACAAGAGCCGCCUCAUAAGCUCACCUGGCGCAGGUACUUGCGGCUGUCAGAGGAAAGAGAACAGCUGUCGCCAUCGUCUCAAAGCCCGCGGCCUGCUCCUCUGCCGCUUUCCAGACGAGUACAGAUAGGCAUGUUUUGUGAUAUGUGUGAGCAGUUUUCUGAUGAAUGCUUCUGGAAAUGCAGAGAGUGCAAUGACGGUGAAUGGGGUUUCUGUAACAACUGCGUUAACCAGGACAAAUGUUGCACUCAUCCUCUACUGCCGAUAUCUCGUGUUAAGUUGAGGCCUAAGUCAGAUGCACAAACACCUCCACGAACCACAGCCUCGCCUCCUCCGUCAACAGAUGCCACUGAAUACAGACCCCUCACAUUCUCUACGCAAUGCAAUGUCUGUACUUAUCCUAUCCCCCCUUCAACAACACGAUUCCAUUGCAUCCAGUGUAACGAAGGGGACUACGAUAUGUGCACGAACUGCUAUCUCAAGCUAGGAGCAUCGGGAAAAAUCAGCAAGGACAAUGGCCGAAACGGCUGGCGACGGUGUCUACAGGGCCAUCGCAUGAUAAUUGUUGGCUUUGAGGACCACCGAGUAGGACAGAUGAGAGUUGUCGUCCAGGGCCUUGUGGGCGGACACGCAUGGAAGGACGAACACAUCCCAACCCCCUCUUCUGGCUCCAAAAGAGAUCACAACAACAGCAACAACACUCCCACGAGCCCCGUCUCCGAAACCAACGGAACACCAAGUCGAAAUGCCCUCCAGCGGCAGGAUUCCGGCCGCUGGACAUGGACUGAACCCUCCGACUCAAGUGACAGCAACUUCCGACAAAGACGCAGACUUAACCGAGCCAGACAACAUCUCUCCUCUGGUCCCGAAAGUCCGUCGGACAGCUCCUCUUCGUCCCCCUUCCCGCUUACCACCGCCCGCUUCCCCCCAUCAGGUGGCAUCGGGCUACGGCUUAUAGCGAAAUGGUCACAUCACCCCGAACCAGACAACAAUGACGAGAUCAUGUUUCCUCGGGGCGCGGAGAUCACGGAAGCAGAAAACAUCAACGACGAUUGGCUUUGGGGAUGCUAUGCUGGCCAGAAAGGGUUUUUACCUGGCGGAUAUGUGCUUCUCAUCGAUGAAGUUGGAGCCGAUGGCAUCCGAUGA